AUGGCAUUAGAGCCAAAGUAUGGUGAGCCUGUGUCAAAACAGCGUUCUCUUCUCAUGUUUUAUCGCUCUGGGCUUCUCUCUCUCAACUUGACACAUGGAGUUGCUGUGGACUUCUCUCUCUUAAAUCAGCAUAGGCGUUGCUCUAGGCCCACUAUUGUCAAGCCACCACUUUCUUUAUCUAAACCAAAAAAAAUAAAGAACAUUCAGUUCACGUGCAAACUCAAGAACCAGGUUACACGUGUGAGAGACAGAGGUAACUUAGCUUUUGCAGUUCAAGGAACAAAUUUGGCGUGUAUUUAUCAUAAAGACAUAGCAAAUUUUCAUCGGCCAAGAGCUUUAUGGCAUCCCCAUGAUAAUGAGGUGGUACUUAAGGAACAGAGAAAGUUGUCUACACACGGGCCGAUGAAAAUCAUAUUAAAGAGCUUGGGUGGCAAAGGAAGUAAACUUCAUGUGGCAGCAGAGGAGACCAUUUCUUCCCUUAAGUCAAAGGCGUCCAAGAAGCUUGAUUUCAAACUGUCUGAGCCAGUGAAGAUAAUUUAUUGCGGGAAGGAGCUUGAAGAUGAUAAAUCUCUUUCUGCGCAGAAUGUUCCACCAAACUCUGUGCUGCAUCUUGUUCGUACUAGGAUAAAUUUGUUGCCUAGGGCACAAAAGCUUCCCGGUGAGAACAAGUCCAUGCGUCCUCCUGGGGCAUUUAAGAAAAAAUCUGAUCUUUCCGUGAAAGAUGGCCAUGUUUUCCUCAUGGAAUACUGUGAGGAGAGACCUUUGCUCCUUGGAAAUGCUGGAAUGGGUGCAAGAUUGUGUACUUAUUACCAAAAAUCAUCUCCAAAUGAUCAGAAAGGCACCUUGAUGCGCAACGAAAAUACUGGAUUGGGGAGUGUGCUCAUACUUGAUCCUGCUGAUAAAUCCCCCUUCCUUGGGGAUAUAAAACCUGGUUGUAGCCAGUCAUCCCUCGAAACAAAUAUGUACAGGGCACCAAUUUUUCAGCAGAAGGUCUCAUCAACUGAUUAUUUGUUGGUUCGCUCAGCAAAGGGUAAGCUGUCCAUAAGGCGGAUAGACAGGAUUGAUGUCGUAGGGCAACAGGAGCCUCACAUGGAGGUAAUCUCUCCCGGAUCCAAAGGUGUUCAGACCUACAUAAUGAACAGAUUAUUGGUCUAUAUGUAUCGUGAAUUUCGUGCUAUUGAAAAACGGGGUUCACGUCCUUUCAUCCGCGCGGAUGAGCUGUCUGCACAGUUCCCUAGCUUGUCAGAGGCCUUUCUUAGGAAAAGGCUCAAACAUUGUGCUGAUUUGCAGAGAAGAUCAAAUGGACAGCUCCAAUGGGUUAUGAGGUUCAAUUUUCGGAUUCCGUCCGAGGAGGAACUGAGGAGGCUGGUUUCACCGGAAAGUGUGUGUGCAUAUGAAAGCAUGCAAGCUGGUCUUUAUAGGCUUAAGCGCCUAGGUAUUACGCGGCUAACUCAUCCUACAGGCCUAUCAGCUGCAAUGAAUCAGCUCCCAGAUGAAGCAAUUGCUUUAGCUGCUGCAUCGCAUAUUGAAAGGGAGCUUCAAAUCACACCUUGGAACUUGAGUAGCAACUUUGUUGCCUGUACAAACCAGGAUAGAGAAAAUAUUGAGCGACUGGAAAUUACUGGUGUUGGUGAUCCAUCCGGUCGGGGAUUAGGGUUCAGUUACGUCCGCACCACUCCUAAGGCACCAAUAUCAAAUGCAAUCUCCAAGAAAAAAGCAGUUGUUGCUAAAGGGUCAACAGUAACAGGCACUGAUGCAGAUCUAAGAAGACUGAGCAUGGAAGCUGCACGCGAGGUUCUUCUCAAGUUUAAUGUUCCAGAGGAGCAGAUUGCUAAACUAACAAGGUGGCACCGAAUUGCUAUGAUUCGCAAGCUCUCCAGCGAGCAAGCUGCAUCAGGUGUCAAAGUUGAUCCGACAACGAUAAGCAAAUAUGCACAUGGGCAGCGCAUGUCCUUUUUGCAGCUGCAGCAGCAAACCAGAGAAAAAUGUCAGGAGAUCUGGGACCGACAAGUCCAAAAUCUUAGUGCUGUUGAUGGUGAAGAAAAUGAGAGUGACUCUGAAGUGAACAGUGACCUGGACUCAUUUGCUGGUGACUUGGAAAAUCUUCUUGACGCAGAGGAAUGCGAGGAUGGUGAGGAGGGUAGUCAUGAGCCCAAACAUGAUAAUGUAGACGGUGUCAAAGGACUCAAGAUGAGAAGACGCUCCAUUCAAGCUCAGGUGGAAGAGGAAAUCGAGGAUGAGGCAGCUGAAGCUGCAGAAUUAUGCCGCAUGCUCAUGGAUGAUGAAGAAGCUGAUCGAAAGAAGAAAAAAAAGGAGAAAGUCAUGGGGGAGCAAAUUGGUGUCAUGCCAGAUUUAAGAUACAGGUUUGGUACAGAAAGCACUGAUCGGGGUAAAAAACCUCAAAUAUUUUCCAAGCCAAGCAUCAAGUCUGAUCGGUCAAAUGCAUUGGAUUUCACUGGAGAUCAGAAGGAGGCUGAAGUGUUUUCUACUAAAAGAACCCUAUCUAGCAAGGUGAAACCCAAGAAAAAAUUUGAUAUCGUGGACACUGGAUUAUUCAAUAAAAAGGUUAAAAUACUAGGGGAUGGAAUAAAGCCCGUGAAAGAGAAGAAGUCAGCAAGAGACAGUUUUGUCUGUGGGGCCUGUGGUCAGCUUGGUCACAUGAGAACUAAUAAGAAUUGUCCCAAGUAUGGGGAAGAUGUGGAUGCACGAGCAGAAAGCACUGAUUUGGAAAAGACUACAGGAAAAGCUAUUAGUUCUAUCGAUCCCUUGGAUCAUCCACAGAUCUUCUCAAAGAAAGUCAUCCAAAAAAGUGGAACAAAGAAUGUGAUGAUCGAAGCUCAUGAGGAUGAUAAUUCCAGUUCAAAGGCCAAAGUUCUGAAGGUCAAAUGUGGCUCAACCGACAAGCUUCUUGAUAAACCUACUCCUGCCACCUCAUUUAAUUCUGACAUGCCAGUGACUUCAGAUGCUGAAACUGGAACUGUACCACCCCCCAUAAAAUUCAAUAAAAUAAAGUUUUCAAAUAAGAUGAGAGCAGAGGAUAUUUCCAAUGAAGCUCACAAGCCCUCUAUUCUGAUAAGGCCACCAACAGAAACUGCAGACUCACAUCGCAGCAAGAAAAUUGUAAUUAAGCAACUUAAGGACUCUGCAAGUGUGGAUGAAAGCUUUCUGGAAGGAAGCAGUGGCAUGGAUUUCAGGAAGACAAAGAAAAUCAAUGAAUUGUCGUACUUGGGGCAGCAAGAUAGGGAACACUUUUAUGAAGAGGCUUUAGAAAGGAAAAGAAUGGAUGAUAAGCGAUUAUGGGAAGAGGAAGAGAGGAGGAGAGUUGCUGUGAGACAAAGAGAAGAAAGAGCCAAAAUGAUAUAUGAGCGACAGAAGGCACUAGAGGAGCAGGAGAAAUUAGCGGCAAUUGAAAGCUAUCAAGAUGCCAUAAGAAGAGAGAGGGAAGAAGAAGAACGUCUAAAGGAAAAGAAGAAGAAAAAGAAGAAGCCUGAAAUAAGAGAUGAUUACUUGGACGAUUUUCUUCCCAGAAGAAAUGACAGAAGGAUACCAGAUCGAGACAGAUCGGUGAAGCGGAGGCAACCUUUAGAGUCCGGAAGGCAUGCUAAAGAGCAUGCACCGCCAGCAAAGCGCCGAAGAGCGGGAGAGGUUGGUUUGUCAAAUAUUUUGGAAGAAAUUGUUGACACACUGAAGUCAAAUGUGGAAGUAUCUUACCUCUUCUUAAAACCAGUGACCCGAAAAGAAGCUCCAGAUUAUCACAAGUAUGUAAAGCGUCCUAUGGACCUAUCUACAAUCAAAGAGAAGGCCAGGAAACUAGAAUAUAAAAACCGCGGGCAAUUCAGGCAUGAUGUGGCACAGAUCACCAUCAAUGCACAUAUAUACAAUGAUGGGCGCAACCCAGGUAUUCCCCCUCUUGCUGAUCAGCUUCUAGAGAUUUGUGACUACUUGCUGGAAGAGAAUGAUUCCAUCUUAGCUGAAGCUGAAGCUGGUAUUGAGCGAUAAUACUUCAUAUUUGGACGGACCCUUGUCUCUGUUGGAUUUUAAGCGCCAUUAAGCAAGCUUUCAUCGGUCACUCAUGAUCUAGUAGUUUCAGCAACUGGAUAGCUGUCUAUUGUACAGCGAUCAGAGGAUAGAUCUUUUGGAUGUCGUAGUUGCAGGCUUGCAGCUACCCGAAACAUGUAUCAGAUGAUGAAGACGUGACUGAAGGGAUCGUAUUCUAACUGUUUAUAAUGGAAUUUAGUAGCUGAUAAUGCAGUGCACCAUUUUGUUCUACCUCAUAGUUAAUGUGGAAAGGCAACAAGACAAUGGGGUGUGGAUGAGAGAAUGAUUAGUGUAUCUUAAUGUGUACAGUGGGAGCUCAGUUAUGUUUGCCCCUUUCAGCUAUGUGAAUAGAAUGAAAUUUCAGCUAAUCAAUUGGAUUUAUUCCUCAUAGUACAUCUUGCUGUUUUAACUUUUGUGAAUUUUAAAUUAUGUGAAUUAUGUUGAUUU